CGCACUCUUGUUUGGUGUCGUACGCAACAUUAGAAGUGGGAAUUUUAGUCUGGAACCUUGAUAUCCUGGACUUCCCGUAGAUUUGUUUGUUUCUUUGUUCUUUGAAUCAACAUAAUGGAACAAAGCUGUUACUAUGAAAUUUUGGGUUUGCAAAAGACUGCUUCAGGAGAUGAGAUAAAGAAAGCAUACCGUCGUCUAGCACUAAGAUGGCAUCCAGACAAGAACCCCGACAAAAAAGAAGACGCUGAAAAACGCUUCAAGUUAAUAAGUGAAGCAUAUGAAGUUCUUUCAGACCCUAAAAAGCGUGGGAUCUACGACAAAUACGGUAGAGAAGGUGUUUUGAGUGGGGGCCGCGAUCCAGUGGGGCGUCCGUAUUCGACGAAGAUCUUGAUCCGUUUUUCAUGUUUACACCAUUCCAGUUUCAUUUUCGAGAUCCAAUGGAUAUAUUCAGAGAAGUAUUCGCUGGCUCUGGUCUGGAUUCCUUCUUCGGUCCUAGUGUUCAUGACCAUCAUGGUUCCCACUUUGGUCGAACUCACCGGUCAAACUCUCACCGCAGCGCUGGACGGCAGUCUGGAUCACCCUAUCAUAAUUCCCAUUCAGGACGUCCUAAUCAGGUGCAGAGUUAUGAUCCCAUGCACGUAAGUUCCUUCAUGGGUGGACUUUUGACUCUCCAUUCGGCGGAUCAAUUUUUGAUCCCCUGAUGGCUUUCAGCAGUUCUGGGUUUGGUUGUCCCCAAGGGACUUCAUCAGCUUCCGUCUUCAGUAGCUUUGGUGGGUCUCCUUGUGGAGGCAACUUCAGAUCAGUAUCAACUUCUUCUAAGUACGUAAAUGGGAAAAUGGUUCGUGUUACGAAAGUUGUUGAAAAUGGCACGGAAACAAUUACGGAGGAAGUUGAUGGCCAGGUGACCAACCGAACUGUCAGACAGUGCGGAAAUGGAGCUCUGCAAGCAAUGUGAUCUAUUUUCAGAAACUAACCUCAGUGUUCCAAUACUAAGAAUAUUUUCUUUUUGUAUAAUCGCUGUCCAACUGUUAUUCGGUCAGCUUGCUAACAUUUAAGUAAUAUGUUGUCUAGAUAAGUACGUUUAAAAAUGCCUCGAUACCGAACUAUAUAUCGCAACUGUUGAACAAUUUCUGUUAAUGGACUACAUUUAAGAUGAUCCCACCGCUAAAUGCGUCCGUAAUACUUACAUAAAUAAAUAUUUCCCAUUGAUUU